AUGCCGCCAUCGUCGUCAUUCCACUGCCUAGGCCUGAUGCAGCUAGCCAGACUAUCGAUUGACUUCAGCCACGAGACUGCCCCAGCUUGGCGGCCACAGCUGGCAUGUCUCUGUGGCCUGGUGGCCAUGGGGGACGGACGAGCUGCCCAAGUGUUGCGAGAUGCACAGUGGAACACCGACGUCCGCCGUGCCGUCGCCGUCUCCAGCGUCAGCGUCACGCAACACGCCGUUUUGAAAGCGCCGGCAUCACGCCCUCCUUCCACAGCAUCUCCUAUACCUGUCAAUUAUCCUCGCCGCCCGCACCAUCUCCUAGACCGGAGAGCUGGCCGCCGCACGCGCUGCCAGGAAGACCGCGUCGGUCGCAAAUUUGCUUCGUCACUUGCCCCCCCUACACGGCACGCCCUGUCUCGAAGAAUUCGGGACUUCCCCGCCCCGAGGCCCGCCCCGGGCUGCCGCGCUCCGGCUCGCUGCCGUGGUCCGUGGUCAGAGCGACCAGGCCAGAGAGAAUCAAAGCCUCGACAAGGGUUCACGCGGGCGCAAAUCACUGGCUUUGUGAACAACGGCGCCUGGCCGCGAGUUGGCCUGCGCGGCAGAAGCGAGUCCAGGUCCCCGAGCGCCAUGUCACAGCAGAAAAGCCUCCAGCACCAGGCGGCAUGCAAGCUCCCGGGACGCGAGGGCCAAAAAACGCAUUCCCCGCGCAGAUACACAACCGCAGCAGCAGCAGCAGCAGCAGCAAAGUCGAGGCCGGCGCUCAAGCAAGACAUGGAGGGGUACGAAUAUGAAGGCAGCAGCGUCGGCGUGGGCCGGCGCCGGCGAGAUGGACAGCAGCAGCGGCUGGCCGUCCUUUACGAAGCCUCCGACUGCUACCGGCUGCUUGCCGACAUGCUGCGCCUGGAGCCUCACCGGCUGAUGGCUUUCCGCGGUGACGGCGACUACGGCCACGGGCAGCUGGAAUAUCUGAUGCUAAGCUUCAACAUCUGGGCGGCGUACACGGGCGCCCUGGCGCGGCCAGGCGUGCUGUCCAUGUCCGAUCGCCUGGACGGCAGCCCCGGCCAGGAGAGGGCCAUGGUCACCGCCCUCCAGAUGUUCCUGCGAGGUGUUGAACGCUUCAUGUGCCUCCAGGAAGACCGUCAACCGCCCCGAGCGACGCGAGACGUCAAGCUGGCCCUUCAGGGCCUUCACUCCAUGGCUGACGUGCCCAUCCGGGAUUGCCUCAAGUUUGACCGCGAUCCCUGUGCCGACAUACGCUGUGAAGAAGACUACGAGGCUCUGCUCGAACCGCACAUUGCGCGCGUCAUCAUGAACACGUUCCCCCGUGCGCAGUCCACCCUCUGCCAUAGAAUCGCCGAGUCCAUCGUGCUGAAUCGGAAACGCGCCUUGGAGAGCUCCCCAGCGGCGAGGGAAAUCGCCAUGCCGCCGCUGACGGAGAUUGGUGAGAAGCUCUCCAGGCUGCGCCUUUCGCUGGAACCCAACAAUGCGCCGUGGCCGUUUUGCGCGCAGAAGAUGAGGAAGCUGGAAAUGAAGGAUUUCCAGGGCCUGUGGCACGGAUACGUGGAGAGCCACAUCCAGCCCUGGGUGUGCCUGUCGGAAUAUUGCCCCCCGACGUGCAGCUUCCCCGACCCAAUAUCCUGGAUGAACCACAUGGUGUCGGCGCACUCGGCGUACUGGCCGAGCGAGAUCCACAUGCGCGCGUGGUGGUGCGACACGAACCACGGCAUCCUCAACUUUUACGACGAGGAGAGCUUCAGGGAGCACCUCGAGGACCCCGAGCUGCACCCUCGCCGGGAGCCGCUGCGCGAGGAUCAGCUGGCCGUCCUGCUGGCGAGGCAGCGAGGCGCUUCGCAGCGGUACGAUCCCUACACGUGCCCUCUGUGCGAGGACGUGCCGCGCAUCGUCGACAAUAACCGCUCGUGCUGGACGGAGGAGCGCCUGCAGCAGCAGCUGUACUGGCACAUCGAGGGCCACCUGAUGGAUCUGGCCGUCCUGUCGUUCCCAGUGCUUGGCGGGCACGUCGGCGGCCGGCAGUGGGAGCCUGCCGGCCUGGAUGCGGACUUUAUCGACCAGUACCAGCGGCAGCAUCUGGGCUGA